AUGAAGAUGCCUCCGAAGAAGAAACGUCCGCUGAGUAUAAAUACCAAGCCAGGAAUAGCGAGGGCUCACCUGGAAGCUGAAUUCUCCACUUUGCCACCUUCAAAGGAAGACUUGCGUAAUGGACAUGUCCUUAAUUUGUACAUUCUGUCAUGCAAAAAUCGCUCAGAAACUGAGAGACGUUUGUCAGCACAAUAUCUGCUGUCUGAUGUGGAUGGAUAUUCCAGUGAUAUUUCCAUUUCAAGGGUGCAGGGUCUUUGCAACAGAACUCUUGAGAAAUACAAAAAACUUACCAAUCCCAAGGAAUUUCAAGUCUUUUCAGUAAUAUGUAACGAAUCAUUCAUCCCACCAGAGAAGAACACAAGCAACAAACACACUCCAUCACCUGCUGCUCAAGUUCCACAAGACCACAACUCUCCUUCAACAUCAACCGACAUGAAAGACAGUGCUCUUUCAACAUCAACAGAAACAGAAAUUAUGGACAAUCCACCUUCAACAAGUUCAACUCCAUCAGCAUCUGUAUCAUCAAAUAAAUCAUCAAUACCAACAAGAAGGAGCUCAAAGUUAUUAACAUCUAGAAAACAGAAACUUAAAAAAAGAUUGCUCUUCAUGUCAUCAUCAAGGGCAGAGCUUCUGGCUCUUAAAGAAACUGAUCUUGACAGUAUCCGCACAGAGUAUCCAAACUUGGAUUAUUCCAAAGUGGAUGACCUACAAGACAUUAUUGGUUGA